CAGUAAAAAUUUUGUAAACAAAAAGAGGAAGUGGAGAUUUAAAAAAUCCAAAACAUUAAAUAAAGUCUCAACUUUGGGACUGAAAUUCACAAUUCAUACUCAAAAUUUCUUCCAGGAGGUCACAGAGCACAUCAAGAUUCAUAGUUAAAAUAAUUUAUUGAUUUAAUUUUUCUAAAACAAAAAUUCAAAUCCAAAAAUUCUGACCACAAAUCCGAAAAAAAUUCAUCAUGGUAACUUUCAAUCGGAAACAGCCAACAUUAAAUUUAAAAUAUUAUGAAUUUUUGAAUCGGGAAUCGCUUGUGGAUGCGACAAUUAUUGCUGGUGGACAUGUUAUUCAGGCACAUAAAGUUAUUUUGGCAGCUGCAUCGACAUAUUUUGAGGAAAUCUUCGCCCUCAUUCCCGACAAACAUCCAGCAAUAGUCCUCAGUGACGUCACAGAAUCACAACUAAAAAGUCUCAUGCAAUACAUAUACUGUGGUAAAGUUGACAUAAAAGACAAUGACAUUGCACCAUUCAAAAAGAUCCUCAACACCCUUAAAAUUGAAAUUAACAUAGAAGACACAAGACCACAUCUUAAACCAGCCACAGCCACAAUUACAUCGAAUCGCAGAAGAGCCGACUCAUUCAGUGAGAUUCAAAUUAAAGAAGAAAAAAUUGACGAUGAUGAAAAUUGCGUUCAGUUACUACAAGAUAGUGAAUUCAUGAAUUGUUCAACAGAUUAUGAACAGCCAGAUAUAGAGCCGCCAACCCAGCCUGCAAUAAGGCCACGAUUUUCACUUCCUCAACUUCAUCAUUUUAAAGCCCAAAAAUCACCAAGAAUUACACGAGUAUCAUCAGGAAUUGAAAUAAGUCGACAUCGAACAAAACUUGACAAUGUUGUGAGGAGCAAGGAACACAGACGAUUUAUGGAACUAAACCCAGUUGACUGUCCAUUCUGUAUGAAGAAUUCUUCAACAAAUAAACAUCGGAAUGAGCACGUCAAAUACUGCACAAUGAAUCCAGAUCGAAUUGUCUCCAAAUGCUAUUAUUGCGAUAAGAACUUUUGUGACCCGUACUAUGUGAGGAAGCAUAUGAAGACUAUCCAUGCUGAUAAGGAAGAUUUGGAGGAAGUUUUGAAAAGAAAGAAUUAAAUUUUUGGAACAAAAUUUUGAAAUGAAAUUUUUUAUCUUUCAAUUUUUAAAGACAAGCAUCAAAAAAUACUAAUUUAGAACAAAAUAAAACUUUAAGUUAGAACUUAUAUUCACAGCAAAAUCUGAAGUUUUAAACUUUUUUUAAAUUCAUUUCGUUAAAAAUUUGCAG